AUGAAAUUAGAUUAUGUUAUAGCGGCAUUAGCUGCUGCUAGUAUUUCAGAGGCAGCGCCCAUUAAAAGAGGAUUAUUAGCAGAUCUUUUUGGUCUAAGUUCAACAACUACCCCGGCAGCAGCUGCACUACCCGUCACAACAGCAGCACCGGUAGUAGCUGCAACUGCUCCAGCACCAGCGCCGGCACCAGCACCAGCAGCAACAACUUCAUCAACAGGUGGAUUCUGGGCUAAUUUAUUUAAUGACUUCACUUCAACUCCAACAACUGCAGCAGCUCCAGUAGCACAACCAGCAGCUCAAGUCACAACUCAGGCACCAGCCGCACCAGCAACACCAGCUGCAUCAGCUCCAACAACGACAUCAGGUGGGUUUUUUGCUAAUUUAUUAAAUAGUUGGUUUGGUUCCGGUAGUAGUAGUGCAGCAGCAGCUCCAGUAGUCGCAUCAACCCAAGCUCAACCAGUAGUGGCUCAAACAGCUCCAGCACCAGCCCCAGCAGCAACAACAUCAGCAUCCUCAUCAGAUGAUUAUUCAGCAGAUGAUUUGUUUGCAUUUUUAUUUGGUGGUAGAAGUUCUCAACAAGCAGCAGCAGUUCCAGCAACAUCAGCAGCAACUCAAGUAGCUUCACCUGUUGUAUCACAACCUCAAGUCAAUUCACAAAUAAACACUAUUGUAAAUUCAGCAGUCACUUCAGCUAUAGCUAUUGAUUCCCAAACUUUCCAAGGUGGUUCUCCUGGUAAAUAUACUGGUUCAAUUAAUACUGAAACAGCUACAGCAUCUAAUGGUGGUAGUUCAGCAGGUGCAACAGCUGCAGUUGGAUCUUAUGGUAUUACAUAUUCACCAUAUUCCAAAUCUGAUCAAUGUAAAACAGCAGCAGAAGUUGCAGCAGAUAUUGCUAAAUUAAAAAAUUAUGAACUUAUUAGAUUAUAUAGUACUGAUUGUUCAGGUAUUGAAAAUGUUCUUGCUUCAAUGACUUCAAAUCAAAAAUUGUAUCUUGGUUUAUGGAAUAUCGAUCCAUCAUCAGUUCAAAGUGGAUUAGCUGAAAUUAAAUCUGCCAUUUCAACAAGUUCAAGAGGUUGGAGUGUUGUACAUACAAUUGCAGUAGGUAAUGAAAGAGUUAAUGCUGGAGCUGCAACAGUAGCUCAAAUGCAAACAGCUGUUGAUACUGCAAGAUCAUGGUUAAAAGCAAAUGCACCAAAUUAUAAUGGUUAUAUUGUUACUGUUGAUACUUUAGUUGCUUAUAUUGCCAAUCCACAAUUAUGUCAAAUGUCAGAUUAUUUAGCUGUUAAUUCACAUCCUUAUUGGGAUGGUGGAGUUCAACCAAGUGAUUCUGGACCAUGGUUAUUACAACAAAUUGCUCAUUUAGAAAGUGUUUGUGGUUCAUCAAAAGCAACUUUAAUUACUGAAACUGGUUGGCCAACUCAAGGUGAUAAUUUUGGAAGUUGUGUUCCUUCUGUACCAAAUCAAGUAGCUGCUAUAAAAUCUAUAACUCAAAGUUUGGGGUCUAAAGUAAUAAUGUUCACAAUGUAUAAUGAUUAUUGGAAAGAUCCAGGUCCAUAUAAUGUUGAACAACACUGGGGUAUCUAUGGUGAUCCAUCAGUAUAA